UUAUAGGUGUUCUGGCCGUAUGAAAUGAGGCAAUAUUUUCAUGCAAUCACUGACUCCCCACAAAGUUGAUAUCUUCUUUAUUCUCUUUUCCAGGUAAAACUGUACUAUCUCUGCUUGCAGCGGCAAUGGGUGGAGCCAACCGCUCUGUCGUGUCUGAGUUUGUGUUCCUGGGACUCUCCAAUUCUUGGGAGAUCCAGCUCCUUCUCUUCCUCUUUUCCUCUGCAUUCUAUGUGUCAAGCCUGAUGGGAAACCUCCUCAUUGUGUUCUCUGUGAGCUCUGACCCUAACUUGCACUCCCCCAUGUACUUUCUGCUAGCCAAUCUCUCUUUUCUUGACGUGGGGGUUUGCUCUAUUGCCGCUCCCAAAAUGAUUUAUGACAUUUUCAGAAAGCGCAAAGCCAUCUCUUUUGGGGGCUGUAUAGCUCAGAUCUUCUUUAUUCAUGCUAUUGGGGGCACAGAAAUGGUGCUGCUCAUUGCCAUGGCCUUUGACAGAUACGUGGCCAUAUGUAAGCCUCUCCACUACCUGACCAUCAUGAGCCCACAAACAUGCAUUUUAAUUUUGGCUGCUGCCUGGGUCCUUGGCCUCAUCCACUCAGUGGCCCAACUGGCUUUUGUUGUAGACUUGCCCUUCUGUGGUCCUAAUGAAUUGGACAGCUUUUAUUGUGACCUCCCUCAACUUAUCAAACUUGCUUGCACAGAGAUCUAUAGACUGGAGUUCAUGGUGACAGCCAACAGUGGACUCAUCUCUGUGGGUUCCUUCUUCAUACUGAUUAUUUCUUAUAUCUUCAUUCUUGUCACUGUUUGGAAACACUCCUCAGGUGGUUUAUCAAAGGCUCUCUCCACUUUGUCAGCUCAUGUCACUGUGGUGGUUUUAUUCUUUGGGCCAUUAAUCUUCUUCUAUACUUGGCCCUUCCCCUCAUCACACUUGGACAAGUUUCUUGCUAUCUUUGAUGCAGUUCUCACUCCUUUUCUGAAUCCAGUGAUCUACACAUUCAGGAACAAGGAGAUGAAGGCAGCAAUGAAGAAACUCUGCCAUCAGCUUGUGAGUUACAGGAAUAUGAACUAAAUACUCUAAAUAUAAAGAAAUUUAGCUCUUCCCUCAAUGACAACAGAAAAAAAUGAUGUCAUUAAAAUUUUAGAUCUCUAAGAAUUUUAUGUACUAGGUUACAUUUAGGCAUUUACCACAUUACUGUGUAUCUCUA